AUGAUCAGCUUAACGUACCCUGCCGGCGAAUACACGCUUUACGGUCCGCAAUGGUGGCUUGUGGACUGUAAGAGUGGUCGGAUUGUCAAGUACGCGGGACCACCACGCGGCGAGACGUUGGCGGAGGAGUUCGAGGCCGAAUGGAAAAAGGCACCAUCUUACAGCCCGAAAGACUUUUUCGCAGAGGUAACCGCGAUGCUCGGCCAGGACUACUACCCCAUUCCCGGCCUGGUCGACGGCAUCGAGCCUGGAUUCUCCACCCCUGAUCGCCGAGAGAUCGCCUCCUCCAUGUACCAGACCUACAUGCUGGCAGGCUGGCAGCAUGGCCGCGGACCUGGGCCAGCCUUUGACCGCAAGAAGUGCCAGAAAGACUUGGAAGCCUUUUUGAAGGAUCGACAAGAACGCGAGUCCAGAAAGCGAAAGGCAGAGGCCUCCCGGCACGAAUCCCGACCGCCGCCACGAGAAAGAAGAGAUCCUGCGACAUACCCCACUGGCUAUGAUAGAGACAUCAUCGUUACCGGCCUGACAAAGUACUACGAAACGCUGGCCAAGAUGGCAUUCUUUCCUGCAUCGCUCAUCCAGUACCCGCCAGGCGGGCGCUGGGGUGAUGAUGCCUUCCUGCCGGCCAAUAAGACGCGCCACCUGGGCUUCAACGACCGUGUCAUUGACCUAUUACGACACCUACCGUAUCCUGACGUCGAUGAGACACACGAGGAUAACCGCUGGCCCGUCAUAGGUCGCAGCGAACCGCAGCGUUACCUUGAGGACAACCCCGAGUUGAACGAGAACCUCACUGCGGACAAGGCCACCCCCGAGCGCCUAUGCGCUCACGGUCUCUUCCCUUUCGCCGAAAAGAUGCCCGACGGUCUGGUUCCCAUCGCGGGCGGCGGCGGCGAGGGCAGCGACAGUGGCGAGUGGUGGAUCAUCGAUGCUAACGCUGGCACCGUCAUCGUCUACGAUGCUGGCAACAAGCAGGUUCAUGAUGCCCCGAACGAUCAGCCGUGGCUGUGGACGCCGCCGCGACCUGCCGGACCGUUCUUUGAUGCGCUCGUUGACAGCUUGUAUUCCCUUGACUUGGUGCCUUUGCCUCGCCCUGACACGGAGGACGCAGAGUAUUAUCCCGAAAUUUGGGGAGCGCUUCGAGAGGGGGAGGAAGAGGAAGAUGAUUUGGCAGACCCCGGGAUUGAGGACGCUCGCGAUAUCUAUCGAGAGCACGGGUGGCCGAACCUGGCAAGGUUCCGACGACAGGAUUGCUAUGAAGCCUUGGUUGAGUUCCGAACGAAGUUAGUGGAGGAGGAUGAAGAAGAGGAUUAUGGGCCUGCUUGA